CUUUUUUUCUCCAUCUAUAUCCCCGGCGAGACGCGUCUGUCUGUUACUGAGGAACCGCGACAAUGGCAUCCGGACCUCCCACUAUCGGUAUCAACGUCAACUAUGACGACUACCUCACUCGCAUCACUUCCUUUCUCCAGGACUUCAAGACUAAGCAAGUUAUGACAACUGCCGACGGAGCAGAGGAGGACCUCCCCGACGAUUUCGACGACGACAUGGAUCUCGACGGUGAGGACGCACCGGCGCAGCCCCGCGGCACUCACCAGAAGUACAUGUCCAUGUUGCAAGAGAUCUCGAACCGCGCUCGCGACACCGUCACCAUCGACCUCGAUGACCUACAAGCCUACGAACACCCGCAACGCGACUUGCUGAACUCUAUCCUCAACAACACGAAGCGCUACAAUGAGCUCAUCUCCCGCGCGAUCGACGGCAUCCUUCCUCGACCAUCGGAGGACAUCUCAUCCCGUGAAAACGUUUUGGACGUGAUCCAGUCUCAACGAGAGUCACGAAACCAAGUCAAUGCGGAAGCGGCGCAGAGCGAUACAGUGGGCUCGGGUAACGAGGGUCAGUUCCCUCCAGAGUUGUUGCGAAGAUAUACUCUCUACAUCAACCCACCAACACGUACAAAGUCUCUUGCGGUCCGCGAAGUUCGUGGUGAGCACCUCGGUCACCUCAUUACUGUCCGUGGUAUCGUCACCCGUGUUUCGGACGUCAAGCCCAGUCUCCAAGUUAACGCAUACACCUGUGACUCCUGUGGUUCUGAAGUCUUCCAGCAAGUUAAGGGAAAGCAAGUGACACCUCUUACUACCUGUCCUUCAGACGACUGUAAGCGAAACGACGCCAAGGGCCAGCUGUACAUGUCUACUCGCGCGUCCAAGUUCUCGGCAUUCCAGGAGGUCAAGGUGCAAGAGAUGACUGACCAGGUCCCUGUCGGUCACAUCCCCCGUCAGCUUACGGUGUCUCUCUACGGCCCUCUGACGCGCUCCUGCUCACCUGGAGACGUCGUCGAAAUUGCCGGUGUCUUCCUUCCUACACCCUACACCGGCUUCAAGGCUAUCCGCGCCGGUCUCCUUACCGACACUUACCUCGAGGCACAACAUGUCAAGCAACUCAAGAAGCAGUACACCAGUCUCAUCAACAACGCCGAGACCACCGCACGCAUCAUGGAGAUGCAGCGUUCUGGUGGAGUCUACGAGCGUAUGGCCGCGUCCAUCGCUCCUGAAAUCUGGGGUCACGAGGAUGUUAAGAAGGCGUUGCUCUUGUUGUUGAUUGGUGGUGUAACUAAGGAGAUGGGUGAUGGUAUGAAGAUCAGGGGUGAUAUCAAUGUGUGUUUAAUGGGUGACCCCGGUGUGGCCAAAUCCCAGCUUCUCAAGUUUAUCUCCAAGGUCGCUCCCCGAUCAGUUUACACCACCGGUCGUGGUUCUUCCGGUGUUGGUCUUACUGCAGCCGUCAUGAGAGAUCCUGUCACGGAUGAGAUGGUCUUGGAGGGUGGUGCCUUGGUCUUGGCUGAUCAGGGUAUCUGCUGUAUCGAUGAAUUCGACAAGAUGGACGACGGAGACAGAACAGCAAUUCACGAAGUCAUGGAACAACAAACCAUCUCGAUCUCCAAGGCCGGUAUCACAACCACACUCAACGCACGUACCUCCAUCCUCGCCGCCGCUAACCCUGCCUACGGUCGUUACAACCCCCGAGUUUCGCCAUUGGAGAAUAUCAACCUGCCCGCUGCGCUCUUGUCUCGUUUCGAUGUUUUGUUCUUGAUUCUCGAUACUCCGGCUCGCGACGAUGAUGAGAGGUUGGCACAGCACGUUGCGUACGUUCACAUGCAUAACAAGCACCCUACCACCAACGAGGAGGCCCUCGACCCCGCCACCAUCAGACAAUUCGUCGCGAUGGCGAGAACGUACAGGCCUGUCGUCUCGAAGGAGGUUGGAGAGUAUGUCGUUGGUACCUACACCCGUCUGAGGCAGGACAGGAAGAGGGACGAAAUUGGUCGCGGUAGUUCCGGGCAUUUCGCGCAUACAUCCCCGCGUACAUUGCUCGGUAUCGUCCGUCUUUCCCAAGCUUUGGCGCGUCUGAGGUUCUCCGACGUUGUCAUCCAGGAAGACGUCGAUGAAGCCCUCCGUCUCCUCGAGUCGUCCAAGUCUACCCUCAUGGCUGGCCGCGGCGACGAUGACCGUGUCGAUACCACCGUCAAUUCCAAGAUCUACAAGAUUAUCCGUGAUUUGGCGAAUGCAGGUGAGGUGUUCAAGCAUGAUUGGGAGUUGGCUACGUUGAAGAGGAGGGUGAUUAGUAAGGGAUUCACGGAGGACCAGUUCAAGGAGUGUGUUAAAGAGUACGAGGAGUUGGGUGUUUGGCAAGCCGUGGAAGAGGGUGAGGGAUUGGUGUUCUUGGAUGGUAUGGAGUAAGCCCGGCGUACAACAGAAGUAAUGCGUCGCAUGAAUUUGAUUUGAGG